GGUCCGUUAGCCGUCCUGCCUGAGGUGACGUCAGGAGAAGCGCUGCUGGUGAGGCUGCCAAGUACAGAUUCAGUGUGAGAAAGCUUUGUGGUGGAGAGAGACACAAACGGACGGACGCUGGACCUCGGCUACGGGACUUCACUGACCGCUACAUUUCAGUAUUGUUUCUGGUCGUAACAACAAGAAGAUGCCACUGGGUGACGAUUGCCAUGCCUGGAAAAAGAAGACCACAGAUGUGAAGGAGAACUAUGACUUCAAAGAGAUCUUGGGAACGGGAGCGUUCUCUGAGGUGGUCCUGGCCGAGGAGAAGAGGACCCAGAAGUUGGUGGCUAUCAAGUGUAUCCCCAAGAAGGCAUUAGAGGGGAAAGAAAACAGCAUUGAGAAUGAGAUAGCAGUCCUGCACAAGAUUAAACAUGCCAACAUUGUAUCUCUGGAAGAGAUAUUUGAGAGUAAAUCACACCUCUACCUUGUCAUGCAACUGGUAUCUGGUGGGGAGCUCUUUGAUCGCAUCAUAGAGAAGGGCUUCUACACAGAGAAAGAUGCCAGUAAGCUCAUUCAGCAGAUUCUGGACGCUGUCAAAUACCUCCACGACAUGGGCAUUGUGCACCGUGACCUCAAGCCAGAGAAUUUGCUGUACUACAGCAUGGACGAGGACUCCAAAAUCAUGAUCAGUGACUUUGGUCUGUCUAAAAUCGAGGGCUCUGGCAGUGUGAUGUCGACGGCCUGUGGAACACCUGGAUAUGUUGCCCCUGAAGUAUUGGCUCAGAAACCCUACAGUAAAGCAGUGGACUGCUGGUCUAUUGGUGUCAUAGCCUAUAUUCUGUUGUGUGGUUACCCUCCCUUCUACGAUGAGAACGAUGCCAAACUGUUUGAGCAGAUCCUGAAGGCAGAAUACGAGUUUGACUCUCCUUAUUGGGACGAUAUCUCUGACUCAGCCAAAGACUUUAUAGUCCACCUGAUGGAGAAAGACCCCAACAUACGUUACACCUGUGAGCAGGCUCUGCAGCACCCCUGGAUUGCUGGGGACACUGCCCUGGAUAAGAACAUCCAUGAGUCUGUCAGUGCCCAGAUAAAAAAGAAUUUUGCUAAAAGCAAGUGGAAGCAAGCAUUCAACGCCACAGCGGUGGUUCGUCACAUGAGGCGUCUCCAGCUGGGCACCAGUCAUGAGGGACCCAGCCCCACCCUGCCCAGCCCGUGCCGAACUCAUCUGUUGAUGCCAGAGGAAGAUGCAGAGGCUUGUUGCGAGGGAGGGUGCUCCCAGAACGUUGACGGCGGGGCAGACCCCCUGUCCAACUGCACCUACCGCUGCCACCCGACCAGCAGGGUGUGAUCCCCCCUCCCCCCUGCACCUGCUCCACUUAACCCAUCUAAUCAACCCCAGUGACUUUCCAAUUUUAAUCCCCCCUCGGUGGAACCAGAGGCACCAUCUCCCCCAUUAUCUGGUUAGGAAUACAGCGUCAUUCCAACCUCUCGCCUGCAGGGGGAGCAAGCCUGUCCAGCCUGAGAAGGAAGACGUGAAAAGGGAUGAAAAGGAGGAGGAGGGAGACUUGAUGAUAAUGAUGAUGAUGAAGCACCAGAGAGGGUCUUUUCUUUUUUACAGACUGGGCUGGUAGUUUUGGAUGAGUUGAAUAAUGGGGAGACGACGAUUCAGAGGAGGGGAAGACAACCUCCUCCACCGGCUUGUCAGGUGGAUUGUUUUUGCUGCAGCAGGACAGAGCUUGUUGGACACUGAUUUUAUUCAUGGUUUUUUAUUCAACCUGUCUCUUUGUUUGUUUUAUUGUUUUAUAUAUUUUUGUGUCGUCCCUUUUAUCUUCCUCCUAGACUUUGGAGUGUAAAUCCAGAAACAAUAUCUGCAUGAUCAGGAGAGAAUUUUUUCCCCCAUGCAUGUUCUGUUAUCUUUAAAAUAUACCCUGUUGCAGAAAUGCAGCAUUGCAGCACCAUGCAAAUGAUGGAGUGUUGUGUGCAAAGUUUGUUGAGGCAGAGAGGCAUAGAGCAUUUUGAUAUGUUGCAGUAUUUGAAAAGAAACUGAGUUAAAUCUUGUAAUUUUACAGAUCUGCAUUCUAUGUCUUUAAGUCGUGCUUUUAGACAAUCAGUGACAUAAUAGUUUAUGCAAUGAAAACUCCAUCAAUCUACUAUGUAGCCUUUCUUGUGGCGAUAUAGUGUUUCCAUGCAAUGGUUAGGCUUUAAGUAAAAAGGCUUCUCCCCUUCUCUGUUUUCAACCCCAAACCUCUUCAACCACUCGAGCACAGGGAUAUAUCUUUGUCUAAGGUGCCUUUAGGAUAUAUAGUAUGAUGGGUUUAUUUUCAGGUAGCUGCUGAAGUGUUUUGUCUUUUUCUGCAGCACAGACUCUUACUGUAACUUCAUAUUUUUUGUAUGUUAUCACAUUUUCAGCUUUAAAAUGCAGUUUUAUGCUUUUUGUCUCAAAGUUAAAGUACUGUAAUCUCAGAAGGGAGGCAUGUGCACAUACAGUACCAGUUGCCAUUAUUGUCAAGCACGUUUUCUUUUCCAUAAAAUACUCUAAAUGAAAACAUUAUUACAUUAUGGAAUGGGUAAACCAACAGUAAUAUUUUGAAAACCUGUCUGGGGAGCAUCAUUUAUUUUUAAAAAAAAUCCAUCAAAUAAAACUUUUUCAGAAAUAUUUUCUAGUAUUUUGCCUUCUCCAUCUAUGACACAUAUUAAAGAAUUGUGUUCAUGUAUCUAAAUACAUUUUGUGCAAAAAACAAACAAACUUGCAAACCUGAGAAAGCAUUGAUCAGUGUGCUUCGCUAUUCUCAAGACUUGGCUGAUUUAGUAGGAUUUGGUAGGUUGUGUGAAUGCAAACAAAACAAAAUUUGAUAUGCAUUUCUCACGAUGUACUGUACUUGCACCACCAUCACAGUCAUUUUCUCUUUUAUUGGCACAUUUCCUCCACAUGCAGCCUGUUUAGAAAGAACCUGGAUUAAAGAAUGUGAAUAUACAUCAGAUUGACUCACUUCAUCUUUACUGUACAUCCAUCACUGCUUUCUACGCUGAUAAUCACAGAGUAUGUGCUCUGUAUUCAUUCAACAUUAGUUCACUCAUUUUACUUUACUAGGUGCACAUAAAUAAACAUGCUUGGCAGAGUUGGUUCUUUUAUUGGCUUUUCUAAAGAAUCCAAUUAUUUAAGGUUUUUUUAGUGGAGAAAGGCAUCGAGGAACAGAUGCAGGGGGGGAGCUUUACACGCAUUUGUUUGAGUCUUGUGUUUUGUUCUGGAGCCUGUUUUAAUAACUGUCCUUGAUAACUCACAGGGCCACUGAUGCUGCCAUCCUCCAUGAGCUUCAUCCAUCCUCUGAUCACUCCGUCCUAAUCUUGAAAGUAUCACAGUUUCUUUAUUCACUCUCUCUCUCUGAUACAGCAGUAUAAACAUCUGGUACUGAUGUGAUUUGGUACUGAUUACGUAUUUUUGCAUGAUGUGGCUUGAAAUUUGUGAAUCCCAUGACUAACAAUGAAUAGUGUGUACACCACUUGUGAUAAUGUUACAGUUGCCAUGAGAUGAGCUGGUGAAAGGAGAAAUUUCUGUCAGAUGUUUUACUCUUGCACAAGUUCAAUAUUCUCUUGAAACCGUCAUGCAGAUGAAGUAAAGAGCAACAAAAACUGUAAUAAUGUUUCAACAUGUCAAAGCAAAUUCAAUGUGCUGCUUCAGAACGUAUUUUUGAGCUUUAUUCUGCAUCUCUAUUGGGUAGGCUUUGUAGUGUAUUUGGACAGUAAUGUAACUGGUGACUCCAAAUUGUAAAGCGUAGUUAAAAGAGUGAUUAUUUUUUCAGGGAACGUUUCGGUGUGAAUUGUUUGUACAUCAUGAGUUACUGUGACAGUGAGACACCCAGAAAAGCACAGGAACACUGACGCACAGAGGCAGUCAUCGUCCACGGUCUUAUUAAUAUUGGCAGACUGAGAGUAUCACAAUUAAUCUCCUGAUGAUGAAAACAACUCUGCUAAUUUGAUACAUUGCCACAAAUGCUGAUCAUUGGCCAUGUCUCCUGCACCCUCAUUUCAUUUAGCUGUGCUUUGCCUUCUGAUGAUGAUGGAUUUUAUUGUAUUAAUAUAGUAAGUUUUUACAUAUUCCAGAUGCCCAAGUAGGUUCAAUGCACUCUGUCCCAAAAGUACUCGAAUUACAAAUGUUUCCAACAAACCCUAAAAGAAAAACAUAUUUCAAGGCAAAAGAUAGUGAAAAAUAGAAAGAGAAUUGUUAAAAUGAACAAACAAAACCAAUUUCAAAAACUCUCCGAAUGUUUGUUCUUUCUUUGCCCUUUGUUGAGGCAAAGAAGCUGGAAACGGAAAACUAAAGAUUUUUACAUUCCAGUGCAAUGAAACAAGUGAUUAUGAAAUACAUAACCAUAUCCCAUUACCUCACCACUCAACCACCUUGGUAGGAAAAUAGCAGGGGUGACACUAGAAUUACAGUUGAGGAGAAGAAGCCGUGCUGACCUUGCCCUCAAAGGUGCUUAACUACAGGGUGUUUUGAUAACUUGCCACAGCUUUUGCAUUAAAAGUGAUCGUUUUUACAGCACACAUAUUUCAGUCGUGGAUUUUGCAGUGCAUCAGCCUGAAGGAAAGAGAUGAUUUGUGUGAGGGCUUCUUCUUUGAUUGCUCAUUAAUCACUUGUAGAGAAUGACCGGUGUCUGGUGAGAUUUGUUGUACAAAUGAGUAUUUGUACCAUAAAUAUGUUGCCUUUUAAUAAAUGCUGUUUUGGGCUACAGUACCUACUGUAUACACAGAUGCAAUGCAUCAUGGGUUUCUGAAAAGUGACUACUGCUCAGUGUGAAAGCCAGUGACUUGUGCUUGGAACAGAUUUGUAAGUGAAAUAUACAUUAAAAUCCCUGUCUAUGCAUUA